AAGAGGGAAUUGCUUCUCGUUUGCAGAAAAAGGCCAUAGAUCCGAGAGGCCGGAGGGCUGAGGGGGUGGGGCAGGGCUGAGGUGGAAGCUAUGCGGUACAACGAAAGGGAGCUGCUGUCGCUCUCCCGGCAACCGGCCGAAAAGGCGGCGGAGAUUCUCAUGCGCGCCCCCAAGAAGGGAAGCGCCUUGAAGAAGCGCCUGGUGAAGUUGGUGGUCAAUUUUCUCUUUUACUUCCGAACAGAUGAGGCUGAGCCCAUUGGGGCUUUAUUGUUGGAACACUGCAAGAUCAGCAAAGAAGAAGAAAAUGUCUUUUCCAUCAGCUUCCUUGAAGAGCCAGAGAGGAAAUACUACUUUGAAUGCGAUACAGAAGAGCAAUGCCAGGAAUGGAUUGAGGUCCUUCGCAGGGCCAGUUACGAAUUCAUGAGAAGCAGCUUGAUCUUUUAUCGGAAUGAGAUCCAGAAGAUGACCGGAAAGGACCCCUUGGAGCAAUAUGGCAUCUCAGAGGAAGCCCGUUUCCAGCUGGGGGCACGGAAACUUUAACCCGCAUAAGGUGAACAGGAGCGACUCAUUCUCUCCUCCCCUACAGUGGGCCAAGCCCAAGCCUUUCAACAGCAUCUCCACCGCUGAAAUGUCAACAGAGUAAAUUCUCUUUAUUUUUUUUAUGAACUUAAGGGGGGAGAGGGAAUCCAUGUCUUUUUUUUUUUUUUUUUUUUUAACACACACUGUCCACAUAUGCUGGAUCUCUUCUUCUGCUUGUGAUCUCACCUUUGCUACUACCAGAAGCCACAGUUAUAAAGGAAAGAUUAUUGACAGGGAGGGUCAGUUUUGUGGUUGGGUUAAUUGAACCGGUUCUCCCUGUUAUUACACGUGUGCAGGGCAGUAUCCUUGUACAAUAAAGGAAAUGGGAAAGGGAGCUCCACAUUUGGAAGAAGUCCUUAUUUUUAAUUUUCUUUUCAAUCCCCCUUGAUAAGGCAGUGAGGUUUUAGGGGCAGAUGGCAGGACUUGUAGUCUGUCAGCAGAGAUGAAUAGGUAUCCCAGCUCUGUGAUGUUCACCUUCCCAAAUCCUUCCAAUUUCUUGUCAGAGCUGGUCUUCCUACCAUCUCCCUGCAUUGGGUCUAAUUAAGCAUUUAAUUGCCUCCACUGGAAGAACAGAAUAGAAAUUUAUCUGCCUGCAGGAUACUCUGUAUGAGUUACUGCAUCCAAUCAUGAAGCCUACCCAGAUCAGCCAUUUCUCCCAGACACAAAAUGGACAGGCAGUCCUUAACCUAUUCUAGAAGUGAAGUGUUUCAAGUGCAAGGCUGGCAAAUGAACACAGAGAGCACUGUGCCUCUUUGAACCCAGGGGUGUCAAUGCUAAUCAGUGCCUGAAAUAAGUAGGGCCAGGCUUGCUGAACUGAAUCAAUUAAUUCCACAGGAGACCCCCAGCCUUUGAUGCAGCAAACAGAUCAUUUGGCAUCAUUGGCAGCCUUUAGUCUAGUUAUUGUCUGCAAGAAUAAAAGGGGAACAUAGAUACUCUCUUUAAUCUUCCAUGCUUGGUGUUUAGGUUAUGGGAGACAAGUGUAGUUGGUUCAUAGCAGGCGUGAAGAUGCACUCCUGAAUCGUCUGGUGUUUGUGAAAUUUCUCCUUCUAUCCACCACGUCCUGGUGCAAUUUGUUCUUGGUGUUAUUCAAACUUUCUGUUGCUUCUCCCUAUAUCUUUCUCUUUCCUGCCCGACUUUGGGGAUUGGCAGCUGAAUGUAUUUUAAAAACUGCUGUGAAAUUUCUUGGGGCAUUUUGAAAGUUUGCUUAAUUUCUUCAAGAAAAUGGGGAAAACACUUCUCAAAUGGGAUGCCUGUGAUUAUAUAGAAAAGUUUUUAGAGCCUUUAGAAAUUCAAGAUGUACUGUACUACAUUUUACAUCCUCAAAUCUCCCUUCUCUUCCCCUACCAUUCCAUUUCUGUAUAAUAAAAAAAGCAGUUACUUUUCCAUUGA